AUGAGAAGAAGAAGAACGAUAAUCGUACCAAUAAGGGCUACUGAGGUUCCAAUAUCUGGAACCCUAGCUGCCACAGCCACCACCGGCAACCUUCUUUCGUCCAUAUACCCUGCAGUCGGCAUAAAAAGAAUAAAAGGGCAACCGUCAUGCUUGCAAGAUCCAGACCACAACCCACUAAAUUACCGCUUAUCACCCGCGGAAAAUCGUUGCAACACCCACCUCUACUGUUGUUCAAAUCCACGCGUAACCUCUGCUCUUUCGACGACUCUCCAGAUCGAAACCACCAAACCGCGAUUCAGUCCUGACGCACUUUACAUCCAUCCCUUUCUGUUUGCAAGUCCGUCGAUCCAUCAAUGCCAUUAUUGGGAUUUUCUUUUUACUGUUUACUAUUUCUGCUUGAUACAAGAGAUAGAGAAGGAGGUUUUAGAGAGAGCCUUGGUUUUUUUAUGUAUUAUGUUUCUGAUCUUAUAA